AAAGAAAUUCCCUCGCAGGUCGACGAGGGGUGCGCGGCGGCGGCGGGCUGAGCAGCAGCCGGCCUCCCCCUGGGUGGGCGCAGUGAGGCCGACCCAGCACCCCGGCGACGCGCCAACCGGUCAUUCCAGUCGAGGAGGAGGCCAGCGGAGUGUGAUGUGCCGCCGCCGGGUGACUAUGCGGCCAACGCGAUGAGGCGGGCUGUGCUGGCCCUGCUGCUGCUCUGGUGGCUGGGCGUGCAGCCCAGCGUCGCGGCUCGCUACGUGGCCCCCGAGGACUGCCGCUGGGAGCCGCUGGACGCCACCGGAGUGGCGCUCACCUGCGCCGUGCGCUCCCUGAGCGGCGGCCCCGAACCGACCAACUUCAGCCUCAUCCAGCCGGGACACACGGCGCGGCUCACGGUGCGAUGCGACGACUUGCUCGUGCCGAGCGAGCUGAGCAACGGCUCGUUCGGCCACCUGAGCGGGCUGCGCUCGCUCGCCAUCGAGCGCUGCAAGGUGAGCAGCGUGCCGGCGCUCGCCUUCUCCGGCCUCGGCGAGCUGCACAACCUGAGCCUGCGCACGCACAGCACCGAGUGGGGAAUGUCGCUGCGCCUCGCGGCCGACAGCCUGGCGCCCCUGCAGCAGCUCGUCGCGCUCGACCUGAGCCGCAACAACAUGGACUACUUGCCGCCAUCGAUCCUCUGUCCCCUCGUCCAACUCGCGCUGCUCAACGUGACGCACAACCGUUUCGCGGACGCCACUCGGAUGGGAUUCGCGGAGACGCGCUGUUCUCCGCUUCUGCACAAGCUGGACGCGGCCCACAACAAGCUGCGCCUGCUGCCCGAAAAGGCGUUCGCCUCGCUGCGCCAACUGCGCCACCUCAAGCUCGACCACAACCAGAUCGCGCGCGCCGAACAAGGGGCCCUGUUGGGCCUUUCGCGGCUGCAGAGCCUCGACCUGGCGCACAACGCGCUCGUCGGCCUGCCGCCGCGGUUCCUGCAGCCGGCCGAGGCGUCGCUGGCCGAGCUUUACCUGCGGAACAACUCGCUGAGCGCUCUGCCCCCGGCUCUGUUCGCGGGCCUGCAUCAGUUGACGAUGCUCGACCUGGCGCACAACCAGCUCGCUUCCGGCUGGCUCGCACAGCCCCAGACCCUGGCCGACCUGACGCGUCUCGCGGCGCUCGAUCUGUCGCACAACCGGCUCACCAGGCUGGACGGGGCCGCGUUUCGGUCUCUGCACAACUUGCAAACGCUCGACCUGCAGCACAACCUGAUCGAGUCCGUGGCCGACGCGGCUUUCAGCUCGCUCUACAACCUGCACACGCUAGUCCUAAGCCACAACCGGCUCACGCGCGUGGCUAGUCACACCUUCUCGGGGCUGUCGUCGCUCGGCGGGCUGUACGUGGACCACAACCGGCUCGAGUCCCUGGCAGCGGACGCCUUCCACAACGCGUCCAACCUGCAAGAGAUCAUCCUGGCCGGAAACCGGCUGCCGGCCGUGCCCCGGGUGGUGCAGACGCUGCAGCUGCUUCGCUCGCUCGACGUGGCCGACAACGUCAUCUCGGACAUCCACAACGCUUCCUACCAGGGGCUGCGCCAGCUGUACGGCCUCAACCUGAUGGGCAACCACAUCGGCAACCUGAGCCAAGGUGCCUUCCGCGAGCUGCCGUCCCUGCGCAUACUCAACUUGGCUCGCAAUGGAAUUCAGUCCAUCGAACAAGGCACAUUCGACGAUGUCCCCGACCUGCACGCGUUGCGCUUAGACUCGAAUUUCUUGGACGACGUGAAUGGCCUUUUUAGUAACCUGCACGACCUCAUCAUGCUCAACAUCUCGGCCAAUCGUGUGCGAUGGUUCGACUAUGCGCUCAUUCCCAUCGGCCUGCAGUGGCUCGACAUCCACGACAAUCAGGUAGAGGCGUUGGGGAACUACUUUGAGCUGGAGUCCAUUUUGAAGCUGAGGACGCUGGACGUGUCGCACAACCGGCUCACCGAGCUCGACUCGUCCUCCUUGCCCAACGGCAUCGAGAUUGUCUUCCUGAAGGGAAACCAGCUGCGCCGCCUUCAGCCCUUCACCUUCCUCGGCAAACAGAACCUGACGCGCGUCGACUUGACGGACAACCGGCUGGACACGCUUGACAUGACCAUGUUCCGGCUCAGCGAGGUGCCCGCCAGCCGGCCGCUUCCGCAGUUCAUGGUGGCCGGCAACCCGUACCUAUGCGACUGCCACAUGGAGUGGCUGCAGCGCUUGGGCAGCCUGGACGACUCGCGGCAGUACCCGCGCGUGGUCGACCUGGCCGACGUCGUGUGCCGGCUCAGCUUCGGCCGCCGGAGGGCCGCCCUGCCGCUGGUGGAGGCGCAGUCGUCCGAGUUCCUGUGCCGCUACCGCAACCACUGCUUCGCGCUCUGCCACUGCUGCGACUUCGACGCUUGCGACUGUGAGAUGGUAUGCCCAGACAACUGCACCUGUUACUACGACCAGAGCUGGAACACAAACAUCGUGGACUGCAGCGGCCGAGCGCACGGCGCUGUCCCCAAGCAGCUGCCGAUGGACGUGACCGAGCUGUACCUGGACGGUAACGACAUACCCACGUUGUCUAGCCACACCUACAUCGGUCGCAAGAACAUGAAGGUGCUGCACCUGAACAGCAGUAACGUGCACACCAUCAACAACCGAACGUUCAGCGGUUUGCGUACGCUCCGGGUGCUGCGGCUGGAGCGCAACCGACUGGCCACGCUGCACGGAUUCGAGUUCGACGGGCUCGGGGAGCUGAGGGAACUGUAUCUCUCGCACAACCAGCUGGCGAGCAUCGGCAACGCCACGUUCGCCGCUCUCCGGUCUCUGCGAGUGCUGCACCUGGACCACAACUACAUCGUCCAGAUGGCCCUGCCCGCCAGCCUGGCCGAGCUGAGCGACGUGCGGCUGGCCGACAACCCGUGGACGUGCGAGUGUCGCUUCGUGCACGAGUUGGCCGACUUCGUGGGGGACCGGGUGCGGGACUUGUUCAGUGUCCACUGCGUGCACAACGAGACGGCCGUGCUGCCCCUCUGGAACAAUGCCACCUCGUGCACCAAUGCGUCCGAGGAGGCGAGCGGCGGUCAGCACGGGCGCCACCCGCUGCUCCUGCCCGUGCUGGUGGUGGCGGGUGUGCUGCUGCUCGCGCUGGUGUGCCUGGUGUGCGUAGGCCUGGCGUACCGCCGCCCCAUGAGCGUCUGGCUGUACACCCGGUGCGGCGUGCGCGUGUUCCAGCGCGCCGAAGCGGAGGAGGAGAAGCUGUUCGACGCGUUCGUCUCGUACAGCAAGAAAGACGAGGCGUUCGUCGCGCAGAUCCUGGCGCCCGAGCUGGAGUGCGGCAGCCCGGCGUACCGACUGUGCCUUCACUACCGCGACCUGCCCAUGGCGGGCGGGUACCUGACGGACGCCAUAAGCGAGGCCGUGGAGAGCAGCCGGCGGACUAUAGUGAUCCUCUCGGAGCACUUCCUGAAGAGCGAGUGGUGCCGGUACGAGUUCAAGUCCACCCACCACGGGGUGCGGCGGCGCAGCCUGGUCGUCAUCUUCCUCGGCCGCGUCUCGUUCAAGGAGCUGGACCCGGACAUUCGGCUCUGGCUCAAGUCCAGCACUUUCCUGCGCUGGGGCGAAAAGAGGUUCUGGGACAAGCUGCGCUACGCACUGCCGGACACGCGGCACCGCAAGGUGGCCGCCCGCAGCGACGUAGCCAGCGUGCACAUCUGACGCCGCGUGUGUGUGUGUGUGCCAAGUGUGUGUGUGUGUGCCUCCUCAUGGUGGAUUACGCCCCCGUCAUCUAAGUCAAGUCGCAGGUAAAAACAUCUUCGACGAACUCCUUCUUUCUUAAACACUGGUGGUGACAUAUGGGGAGGGGUCAUGUACAUACACGUGUAAUAUAGCAUUUUUAUUUCUGAAUGACUACCAUGAGCGGAACUGAACUGUGAUGUACAUUCCUAUGCACACAUUGCGGAAGACUGCCUAGCUUGAAUUCUGAGCAAAAUGGUGCGAUUUGAAUGUCGCCUUGUGUCGCCGAUAUUUAUUUAUACUUAUUUAAGUGCCCUCAUCACACUACAGCAUAUGUAUCCUCGACAAAAAUUGUCUCUAUCCUGGACAUUACGAGGAGUUUGUUCAGAGGCACCCUGUGAAGGUAAUAAAAAAUGACUCAUCUCUUCAACUGCAGCUCACACCUCAAAAGAAAAAUUCAUUGCAAAAGCCUGUAGAGAAAUAGAUAGUUCAGAGUGUGUGUAAAUUGCACGGGUUCAUAUCAAUUCAAUCCUCCUGAAAAAGAAUUCACAUGAAUUUCAAUCACCUUGAAACAACAGCUUCCAGAGGCAACCUCACUGUGCACCAACAUAAAAGCAGCACACAAAUAAAGCCAACAACUGUCAUUCAUGUAGCGAUGACCUUUUUAUUGCUCUGCUGACAUAAUGUACUUAGUUGUGCUGUGGAUGUGAUGCCAGGAAAAAGUUUGGAAGGAACAACUACGGCAAUAAAGCGGAGUGUCUGAACACUUGCAGAUGUUCAA